AAUGUGGGACAGUGCAUAGAACUCUACGACAUAGACGACCCAGAUUCAACCGAUUUCGAGCAAAGCACUGAACGUACGACAUCUAUCUGCCGGGAAGAAAAAAGAGAAUGCAAAGCUGAGUGUGAAGAACUGAAAACCUGAAGAUGGUUUUUAACUGUAAAUAACGGAACCUGCACUAACAAUUGGAUCAACAGUCACAGAAGAUAAAUUAGUAAAAAGGGUUGUUGUUGAAUCCGGAUCAGGAAUUAGGAGAUCCAAUGACGACAGAUUCGAAUCUGGAGUUGCAGGAAUCGGGUUGGGAGGAGCUGAGGAGAGAGGCUAGGAAGAUCGAGGGAGAUCUUGAUGUGAAGCUCUCUUCUUAUGCUAAGCUCGGUGCUAGGUUCACACAAGGAGGUUAUGUGGAAUCUGGGUCACCUUCUGUCGGGACCAGUAGGUCAUGGAAGUCCAUGGAAAUAGAAAUCCAAUCUUUGCUUGAGAAGCUCUUGGACAUAAAUGAUUCAAUGAGUCGAUGUGCUGCUUCUGCUACACCAGCUACGUCUGUGACUCAGAAGCUAGCAAGGCACAGAGACAUACUUCACGAGUUUACCCAGGAGUUCAGAAGAAUCAAGGGGAACAUAAAUUCAUUGAGGGAACAUGCGGAGCUUCUGACUUCAGUCAGAGAUGAUAUCAGUGAGUACAAGGCAUCUGGGAGUAUGUCACCAAGAAUGCAGAUACUACGGGAGAGAGCUGCGAUCCAUGGAAGCGUAUCUCAUAUAGAUGAGGUGAUUAGUCAGGCUCAAACAACAAGGGCAGUGUUGGGCUCUCAAAGGGCUUUGUUUGGAGAUGUUCAAGGGAAAGUGAAAAAUCUAAGUGACAAGUUCCCUAUUAUCCGUGGCCUACUUGGUUCAAUUAGAAGGCGGCGAUCAAGAGACACCCUUAUUCUCGCUGCGGUCAUUGCAGCUUGUACCUUGUUUCUUAUUAUCUAUUGGCUUUCAAAAUAAGUACACAAAUGAGUUGUUGAAUUGAUACAAGAAAGUUAUAAAUUAUGAUGCCUCUUUAGGGAAUUUUGAUUAUGUAAUUUCUUGGGACAAAUAGUUAUAUGUUUCAAUAGUUUUUGUGGUA